AUGGGAUUAAUGAGAGUUUGUGGUUAUGCCAAAUGCUUCUCCAAAUUGGACUUGAGAUCUGGCUAUCACCAAGUUAGAAUUGCUAAAAGAGAUGAGCCAAAAACCACUUGUGUAACAUACUGGUCUAUAGCUCUACCUUGGAAGAGUACCAAAAGCACCCAUAUCUUAUGUUUCAAAUACAACAAGACCAUCAAUUGCUAUAAUGUUGAACAAGGCCACAUUCGAAUGAACAUGAAAAAGUUAGGGCUAUCAAGGAUUGGGCAACACCAAAGAAUGUUAGGUGAACUCCACUCAUUUUUGGGGUUAGCCAACUAUUAUAAGAGAUUUGUGGAAGGAUACUAUCUUAGAAUCAUGGCUCUCAUUAAGCUAUUGAAAAAGAAGCAUAACUGGUGUUGGACAAGUGAAUGUCAAGAGGCUUUUGAGGGCUUGAAGAAAGCCAUGAUAAAGGACCUUGUCUUAACUCUUUCUUACAUUAGGAAGCUUUUUGAAGUUUAA